AUGUACUUCUCCCCACAGCAAGCACUCAUACAGCAUCUCCAGAUCACAGGAGCAACAGGCUUCAUCGGCUUCGCCGUCCUCCACCAGGCCCUCGAAUCCGGAUACCGCGUGCGCAUCUCCAUUCGCAAGGAGCCGCAAGCCCAGACCCUUUCUUCCCACCCCCUAAUCGCCCCUUUCGUAGCACAAGGCAAUGUCUCCUUCGCCAUCGUGCCCGACAUCACGGUCCCAGGCGCGUUUGAUGAAGCGUUAAAGGAUGUGGUUUAUGUAGAGCAUUUGGCGUCGGCAUUGCCUAGUCCAACGGAGAAUCCAGAGCAGGAUAUAGUGCAGCCCGCAAUCCACGGCACGACAUCCAUCCUGACCUCCGCACUCCUCCACGCCUCCAUCAAACGCAUCAUUAUCACCUCCUCCAUAGCAGCCAUCCUCUCCUCAGCCGCCCAAACCGACGGCACCCCAACAGCGCCCUACACGUCAUCCUCGCGCGUCUCUCCCCUGCCCUCAGGACCCUGGGCCAACGGCGUCGUGGCGUACCGCGGAGCCAAAGCCCUCGCUCUCGACGCGACGGAUCGGUUCGUCGCUGAGAAGGCGCCGCGCUUUAGCAUCGUCAAUAUCAUGCCCGGCUACGUGAUCGGGCGCAACGGGCUGGCGACGUCUGCGCGCGAACUGCAGAAUGGGAGUAAUAAUGUGGUGCUGUCGCUCGUGACGGGGAAUGUGGGCAAGGAGCCUCAGCCUGCUACUGUGGUUGAUGUGCGGGAUGUUACGAGGGUGCAGGUAGAGGCUUUGGAUGAGCGGAAAGUGGUGGGAGCGUAUAGGAGUUUUGUAGUUGAUGCGGGGAAGGUGGAUUUGAAUGAUGUGGUGGGGAUUGCGAAGAGGGAGUUUGAAGGAGCAUUUGAGGAGGGGAUACUGAGGGAGGGGGGUACGAAUAGUGUUAGUCAUGAUUUUGAUGGGAGCGAAACGGAGGGGGUGUUUGGGAAGUUGAAGGGUUUGGAGGAGAUGGUUAAGAGUGUUGUGAGGCAGUAUGUUGAGCUGAAGGAGAAGGAGGUGUAG